ACUGCUAAUACUAACCUAACCAAGAAGCCUAGCCAGCUUGUCGCAGCUGCUAGGGCAGCUGCGGCAGCUGGUAGUUACCUCCGCCGACGGAGAAAAUGGCUGCGCCACAUGGUGCUUCUUCUAGGUAUAAGACUAUAAUAUGUAAAAACUGGAAAUCUGGGCUGCCCUGCCCAUAUGGCGAUCGCUGCCAAUUUGCUCAUGGCGAGCAUGAGCUGCGGGAAAUUGGUGCCACAGGAGGUGGCCCUGGGAAACAAGGAACUGUUAAAACGAAGACCUGCUUCUACUUCACGCUAUCUGGCAAUUGCAAAUAUGGCGAUCGCUGCCAUUUCCUACACCCAAUUGCCAACAGCGAAACGGCUUCGCCGAGCACACAAACCAAAGUCAACGCCACAUCGACCACCGGGUCAACGCCAGCCUCCAAGCCCGCUCCCUCCAGUGCCCCUCUCCCCAUCCCUGAACCACCUACCGCUACCCAGCAAUCACCCUCCCCUGCCUCCUCCGCCACUGCCAUCCAAUACGAACAAUCUCAACUCGUCCGCUGGGCCCUCGACGCCAUUAGACGUGGCGAUCACAACUGCUUGCAUGCUUUCGUGGAACGACUUCGGGUCAUCAGCAGCGGCAGCAACACCCUGCGACGAGGGCACUUAUGGAAGCUUGUGGAGGCAGCGGCUGUGGAAGCGCUGAACCCGCAGAUGCUCAAGAAAGUACUGCGUUUGCUCAACCCCGCCGUACACGGGGACUGGACGCUCCUGGCUUGGGACGACAACAUACCCGGCAGUAACAGCAGCAGCGGUAACAGUAACAGCAAUGGCAGCAGUCAGGGAGGCACGAGGAAAGAAGGCGCGAAACAGGGAGGAGGAGCAGGUGGAGCAGGUGGAACGGGGAGAGCAACCGGAUACGACGUUGUGGUCUACAACGGCUUCCUUCACUCUGUCGUCCUGAGGGCGUUCGAACUGGGUCGCAGCAGCCCCAAGGCAAACGGCGCUGGAUCUGACGAUGACGAUGAGGAGGAGGAGGAGGAGGAUUAUUGCAGCAGCGGAGGAGAGGAGGAGGGCGGAGCGGCUGAGGAGCGGCAUCGGGCUGGGUUGGCGGUGAUCCGGAUGAUCUGCGAGCGGCGGCCGGCAGCGGUGGUGGACUUCCAAUCCUGCGACGCCGCCCUCACCCCCGUCGAGGCCCUGCUCGAGGCCGGCGGCACCGCCCUCUCCUCCCGUCACGCGGAGCUGCUGCGGGCCGUGGCGCCGCUCGCCUGGCUGCGGAGCGCCCCCGGCUGGUCGGGGCAGCAGCGGGCGCUGGCGGUGUGCGAGCAGCUGGCGGGCAAUGCGGGGGCGGCGGCGGUGCUGGGCAUCAGGCAGGAGGGGUGGAUGCUGCGGGCGUCGGUGCUUCAAGCCAUCCUGGACGAGCAUCACAAGGACCUGGUCAGCAUUGCACUUCGGAACACCCCCGAGCGCAUGCCGCCUCCCUGCAGCCAUCUGCGCAUCUGCCUGCCGCCUGUACAGUUUCACGAACAAUUCAAGGAAGCCGAUAAUGGUAUAUGUAACGAUGGAGAUUCGGAUGCUGAAGACGAGGACGAGGAUGAUGAGGGUGAUGAAGAGGAUGAAGAGGAAGACGAGGAAGACGAGGAUGAGGAUUCAGAUGCGCUCUCGUUUCCAAAGACGAGACGCCUUUUGCUCAAGCUUAUAACUGCGCUGGACCGCAGGGUGGCUGCCAAGGAGCGCGGCCCCAAGGCAGCUGCUGCCCCUGCUGCUGCUGCCCCUGCUGCCCCUGCUGCCCCUGCUGCUGCCCCUGCUGCAGCGGCCGCUUCCCACCCCCCUGCGGCGGCCUCCGGGGGCCCAGCUCUUGCUCUUCCUGCAGCUGCUGCGGCCGCUGCCCCUGCUGCUCCUUCCACCAGUGCAGCGGCUCCGAAGCCCGUUGGACUCGGCAUCUUCAAAGGUAUCUUUGGUGGCGGCACUGCACAUACGGGCCCUUCAGCGCCGCAGCCUUCCUCCACCGCCGCCGCCUCUCCCGUCCUUCCCGUCGCAGCUACCCCCAUGCCGCCUCCCUCCGCCGCACUCCGCUCCACCCUGCAACGCCUGCGAGCCGCCAUCAUGGCUCCAACCGCAGACUCCGUUGCUCGUCUCAACGAUCCCAACGGUUCCCAAGGGCCCAACGGCUCCCAAGGUGCCAGCAGUACGGCAAGUACGACAGACAUUCCCGCGCUCACCCGUGCUGUGGACGCGUUGAAGGCCCCAGCCAUGCGAGCUGCCAUGACCCCCCGAGGGGCCGCGGCGGACCGAGUGCUUGCGGAAUGGAAAGCCUGCCGCGGUGCUGGCGGUGGCGGCGGCGGAGGAGGAAAGGGCGGUGGCGGAGGUGGAAAUGGUGGCGGUGGCGGUGGUCAUGCAGGUGAUGCGUGUGAUGAGGCGGAGGUGUUGGUGCGGGUGUUGCAGCAUGUGGCAGCGGAGUACCGGAGUGCGGAGGCGGCGGCGGCUGCGGAGGUGCUGGCGGCGCUGCGGGAAUGCGCCUGGCGGGCGGCGGCGGAGGUGUGGGAUGUGGAGGCGCUGGGGCAGCUGGCGAGGGUGGAAAUGCCCUUGGGACUCAAGUGGAGCUGGGAGACGUUGAAGGGCCCUGCCGUGACCCAGCAACGACAACAGCAGCAGCAGCCACACCAGGGUGGAAAGGUAGCGACGGUGCCAUUGCUGCAACGGCUGUUGGAAAGCGGAGAGUCACGUGCCUGGGUGGUGGCGAAGGCGGCUCUUGGACGCAACCAAAGCAUUAUUCGAGCGCCGACGAAGAACCCAAUCUUGACAGCGCUUGAACGCGGCGCCCCCGCGCCCCUGGUGCUGCAGCUCGCCUCCUCCGCCGCCAAGCUGCGGAAGGAGUGGCUGCAGCCGCAGGACUGGCUGCGGGAGGCCAGCACGACAGACAGCGAGAUCGGAGGCGGGGGCGACAGGGAGGCCAGUACGACGGGCAGCGGUGCGGAGGGCGACAGGGGUGGCGGGAUGCGGUCCCUGACGGCGGUGGGGAUGGCGAUGCGGAUGGAGAGGAUGGACGUGCUGCCAGAGCUGCUGCUGCACUGUGACCCACGGGUCGCUGCCGUGGACACCCUGCCCCCCCUGCACCAUGCGGCCAUGGAGGGGGACGCCACGGCUGCGGCGGUUCUGCUGAACCCUGCCGCCCCCUGGCUGUCGGUGUACGACAUGAGCGGUCCCGAAGACCUGGUGUCGCAGGUGGUUAGAGGCGUGACGCCGCUGUACAGAGCCACGGAGCACGGAUCGCUGGAGGUAGCUGCGCUGCUGAUGGCUGCCGGCGCGCAGCCCCUGGGGCCCGUCAGCAGCAACUCCUUCCGAGACACCGCCGUACACUUGGCUGUAGCAAACGACGACACGGACAUGCUGCACGUGCUGCUACAGCAGCCUGAGGCGCCUCCCAUGCCGGUACAGCGGCGGGAUGUGGAGCAGCAACAGCGGCAGCAGCGGCAGCAGCAGCAGCAGCAGCUGGCCCAGGCUCUGAAUCGGGUGGUGGAUGGGGAGCGGUUGACGGCGCUGAUGCUUGCCGUACAGAGGCGGCACGUGGCGUGUGUGAGGGUGUUGUUGGAGGCGGGGGCGGAC